AUGUCUCCUGCUCUGGGAGCAAACAACGAUGAUAAAUCAUCGCAAUACACGUUCGUAAACCUGCCUCAUCCCAGAGCUCGCCAAACAAGAACAUACCAUCUGGUACUCAGGCAGCAACCAAAACAUUCUCGCAUGUGUGGCUUUGGGGAGAAAGUCGACCGACGACCUGUCGAUCCACCUCCUAUCGUUCAACUGGAAAUACAAGAUGCUUCCACUAACGACGAAAACGCAUACUUGUACAAUCCAUACUACUUCAUGUAUGCGUCACUUGUCUCGCCCGACUCGGAAGAGGAGCUACACUUGUUACGCGAUGGCAAAACUAGAUCCACUACUGGCUCCAUUGUAUCGUCCUUGUAUCGCUUAAAGGACGUUGAUAGCAAAGAUGGAGGGUUUUUCGUGUUUCCGGAUCUAAGUGUCAGAAUGGAAGGAGCAUAUAGGCUCAAAUUCUCGCUCUUUGAAAUCAUUGCUGCUGAAAUAUUUUAUUGUGCCAGUAUAAUAUCGGAUAUAUUCAAUGUAUAUCCAGCGAAAAAGUUUCCUGGUAUGGAAGAAUCAACGUUAUUGUCGAGGGCUUUUGCAGAACAGGGGCUCAAAAUCCGAAUUCGAAAGGAACUUCGUAUGAGAAAGGGUAACAAGAGAGAGCCGUCUGAAAGAGACGAGAGCCCUGUGGCUAAGAAGAAGAGUAGGAAAAAGGGUGGUGCAGCAAACGAGUCUGAUGGAGGUAGUGAAUCAGACGAUGAACUGGAAGACAUGGCACCAUAUACCUAUGAUACGUCCCAGCCACGUGGACUAUCUGCAAAGAGUAGUGGUAGUGAUGAUCCUCGCUUCCAUAAAAUGGUAAAUGCCUUCCUAGGUCCAAAAGCUCAGGAUCCUUCGAUGGUAAACGAACAGAAACAACAGCAACAACAAGUACUGUAUCAUCCAGUAUAUACGACCCAAGCAUCCAAUGCUUCCAUUCCUGCUGGAUAUCCUGCAUCGACCAUCUAUCCUCAGAAUUAUCCGCCGUCAUCAUAUCCAGCCUCAACUGGUUAUCCACCUUCAGCUGGUUAUCAUUCUACUGUAGUAGCAUAUCCUCUGCGUGCUAGUACAACAGCCGCCUAUUAUGAACCCUCACUCUAUUCAUAUGGACAUCCAAACGGUGUGCCAUCAACGACAAUGCCACCAUCAAACCAAACUAUAUACAACCAGUAUUAUAGCAACGAGACUGCGAAUAUGGGUAAUGGACAAGUCGGUAAUGUUCAUCCAUCGGGGCAAGGACCACCAACAGGUUACCACGCGGAAGAGUAUCCCGUGUUUGAUUCUAGGUCUGGACCAUAUACUACAACGAGUUAUGCAUCUCUGCAAGCUCGUCCCACAGCUUAUACAUAUAUGACAGGAUUUGAUGAUCGCGCUCUACCAGAACAUGGACAUCACAUGUCUACUCAACAACAGCAGCAACAACCUGUAGCACAUGCUGCUCAAAGUCCAAUAUCACCAAUGCCAAUCCCGAUGCACGGACCACCGAAAUAUGGAGUCUCGCCUGUCCCACCAACUCUAUUGUCUCAAUCCGGACCUCCAUACUCAAACUAUAGUGCCGACCAACUAUCAUAUCCAUCUCCAGUGACUAGUUCAGGUCAACCACAAUCAGGUGGCGGUCCACCACUACCAGGAUCAUCAGUAAACAUGAAUCCAGGAUCUGGUGCUAGUGCUGGUGGCGGUAAUAUACGCGGUGGAGUGCAAUACGCCAGUCAACCACAACAAUACUACAGUUAUUCGAAUCCACCUGCUAGUCUGCCUCCUCCCGCCCCGCAAACAGGCCGUGGAUCGUAUCCUGCAUAUAAUACUGCCUCAGAAAUGUCCUUGCCUCCUCAUCCGAGCUCUAUUGCACGAUUGUCGGAAGGUGGGAUGCCUGGAUAUUCGUCAGGAUAUUCGUAUGGUGCUCCGCCGAACGCUACUCCACAGCAACAACAGAUGCAGCAGCAGCAAAUGCACCAACAGCAUCAGCAAGAGCAGCAGUCAGUAUCACCGGAUGGGUUUAAACUGGCCCCGAUAAUUCAAUCAACGCUACCAAACAGUGGUAGUGGGCAACAGGAUCCGAAUCAAAGAUGA